CUUUUUUCUUUUUCUUUUAGCCUUAUUUUCCCGUGUUUCAUCAUGCCUGGGACAUCAUCAGACGUGAGGCAGCGAUCUAAUAAGAAAACAAGUAAAGGUCAAAAGAAACAACAACCAUCUCUUCCUCCUCAAGUCAGUGCAAAAGUGGCUCAUGAUCUUAUUACGGAAUCCAAUACAUUUUCAUUUUCUUUGAAAACAGCAUUUCGGUUAUUUCUGAUCAUUCGAUGUGCUUCUGGAUUAUAUAGUGUAGUCCAAGACUGUGAUGAAGUAUUCAACUAUUGGGAACCUGUACAUUAUCUUUUAGAAGGUUAUGGAUUCCAAACUUGGGAAUAUUCUCCUCGUUAUAGUAUUCGUAGUUGGGCUUAUAUCUUGAUCUAUUCUCUUUUUGGUUUUCUUGCUCAAUUGAUCUCUUCAACAAAGCUUCAAAUUUUUUAUUUGAUUCGUUUAUUGAUGGCCGCGUUUUGUUCUUUCGCUGAAGCCAAGUUGUAUCGUACUGUGGUGGAAGAAAUCAAUCCUCAUGUAGCUCGUUAUUUGAUGGUGGCUUUGUUCUUUAGUGCUGGCAUGUUCCAUGCUUCUACAGCUCUUCUUCCUUCGACUUUUGCCAUGUAUACCACAAUGAUGGCAUUUUCUUCUAUUUUACAACCACCUACACAAAUGGAUCGAACAAGAACUUAUACAAGUGUGUUUUGGUUGGUAUUGGGUGGAUUGGCAUGGCCUUUUAGUGGUGUGAUUGGGAUUCCUUUUGCCAUUGAAGAAGUGGUAGUGUAUGGACGGGAUACAAAGACGGAUAAACAUGGACAAUUACAAGUGGCGGUACGAUCUCAACAUUGGCGGUACUUGCGUGUGUUGCGUUUGGUGGAAGCUGUCUUGUUAUCGACCUUGGUACUUGGUGGAACCAUGUUUUUAAUUGAUUCUACCAUUUAUCAACAAUGGACCUUUGUACCUUGGAAUAUUGUUCGAUAUAAUGUAUUUAGUGGUGCUGAUGGUCGUGGACCCGAUUUGUUUGGUACUGAACCUUGGUACUUUUAUAUCUUGAAUGGAUUUUUGAAUUUCAAUGUUGUCUUUUUAUUGGCUUUGGCUUCUGGUAUUAUCAUGUUGGUGACAGCUUAUGUGGAUCGUCAUCGUGUACCUGGAACAACUUGGACUGAUGCAGUAUGGCCUUAUCUUUUGAUGUCUUUCAAGCUAGCUCCUUUUUAUCUUUGGUUCUUGAUCUUCACUUGUCAACCUCAUAAGGAAGAACGCUUUUUAUAUGUGGCUUAUCCAUUGAUUGCAUUGAAUGCUGCUAUUGCGAUCUAUUUUAUCCGAAGUCUUGUCAGUCGUGGAGCUGGUUAUUUGGGUGCUAAUAUCAAUGUUCGAGUUUAUAUUCUUCGAUAUACAUCAUUGGCAAUAUUAGUGGUGUAUGGAUUAGUAUCAAUAUCACGAAUCUUAGCGUUAGUGACACGAUAUCAUGCUCCUUUGACGGUGUAUAAUGCAUUAUGGAAAGAACGCCAGGAACCUCUGGUACACAGCAAUUAUAUUCAAGAACGUUAUGCAGAAGAUAUGACGACAAAAGAACUUCAAUUGUGUGUAGGCAAAGAAUGGUACCGAUAUCAAUCCAGUUUCUUUUUACCCAAUGAUGUACGUUUGCGAUUCAUUCCUAGUCAUUUUGAUGGUUUAUUGCCCAAUACAUUCCCUGAAGAUCGAACAACGGCAACUUAUAUCGACAAAGAUACAACCAUCCAUUAUCGUACACGGAAUUAUGACGUAUUGAAAGGUAUGCGUCAUCAUCAUGAUAAGACCAAUGAUCGUAAUCAACCUGAUGAUUCAGCAACUUUGAAGGAUUUGACUCAAUGUGAUUAUAUGGUGGAUAGCUAUUUCCCCUUACACCGUGGUGUUGAAUCCUCUUUUGUGAUGGACAAGGCUUGGGAUCGAGUUUUCUGUGAACCUUACUUGGAUGCGGCUCAUUCCAGACAAUUGGCUCGUGCUUUCUGGGUGCCUGGUAGUCAAGGUUUACAAUGGGGUGAAUAUUGUUUAUUGAAACGUAAAACUUGAAUAUAGUGUACAUAUAUUAUUAUAAUAAUAAAGAUUUUUUUUUUUUUGAAUGA